UCUAAUUACCAGAGAAAAGGGGAGAGACCAGAACUUUUGGGUUCAGACUUCAUCUUAGAGAACCUGACAUUAGGUUGACCUAACAGGCCCGUACAUAGCACCAGUUUCCAGGCACAAGAAAUCUACACCUCCAGGUUACAAGGCUACCCUUGACGUUUUACUUCCUAACAACCACCAAUCAGGAGGAAAACAGAAGUUAAGUUUAUGGUUUGUCUCCCAGCACCAGCCAAUACGGAAAAUAGAAUCUUCAGCUCCUAGCCCUUCAGCCUUAAAUGCAGAUCCUAUCACCAUCCCAUGGCUCUCAGGCCUGGAAAUCUGCCCACAGGCUUGACCUGCCUUGACUCUGCCUGAGAGUGGUUUGGUGGACUGUGGGACUUGGAGAUUGGUGGUCGGAUUGAAAUUGGAGGUCGGUGAUUGGAUUGGAUUUGGAUUUGGUGACUGGAGUUUGACAUUGAUCAUCAGCUACACUUACACCCACAGGGUGCUGUGCUACUCUUGCCCUCAUCCCGUGUAUAUACUAGGGCAGCUUAUAUCCCUUACCUUUCUGGGUAAGGCUAUCUUGAUCAAGUGCAGCCUUUCACUCAGUGCUUUCCCUUCAUAAUGGACGUCUUAGUUUCUGGGGACUCAGAUGAAGAUGAGCAAAUUGUGAUGAAGUCAGGGGAGCUUGAGGCCAGUGGCCACGAAGGGAACAUCCUGGCACAGAAUUACUAUAUACUGGGCACCCUAGAUGAAGGGUCCUUCGCUCAAGUCAAGGUCGGUCUCCACCUUACGACCAAGACUCUUGUAGCCAUCAAAAUAUUGAAAAGGGGCACAAGAAUAGACUUCUUAGUAAUCUCUGAGAUUGACCUAAUGACCUCACUAUACCAUAAUCAUAUAAUAAGUCUUCUCCAGAUCAUUGACACCGAGCGCAAAACUUUCCUUGUGAUGGAAUACGCAGCCCAGGGAUCCCUGCGGAAACUCGUCAACAAGCGUGGGCAUCUGGAUGAGGAAGAGGCACGCAGCAUAUUUAGGGAGUUGUGCUUGGCCGUCAACUAUAUUCACAGUCAGAAUAUUGCCCACCGUGACAUCAAGGCGGAGAAUGUCCUAUUAGAUUGGGAGGGGCAUGUGAAGCUUUCUGACUUUGGCUUAAGCAAAAGACUGACCUCUGGGGAAAAAGCCAAGGGCUUUUGUGGCACGGCACAAUAUUGUGCUCCUGAAGUGUUUGGUCACACACAAUAUGAUAUGCUCCCCGCCGAUAUAUGGAGCAUGGGAAUUUUAUUAUAUUACUUAGUUCUUGGAAAUCUCCCAUUUAGGGAGACAGUGCACAGCAAGAUAAAGUAUCAAAUACUGUCCCGGAGCUGUUGGAUACCAUAUCACCUCUCCCCACAGCUCCGAAACCUCUUGAAGAGAUUAAUGACAAUAGACCCCACAAUGAGACCAUCUACAACAGAAAUAUUGGCCCACCCUUGGCUCUGCCAUGAUCAAGAGAUAUUGAUCUCUUUAGGGGAAAUCCCUAGAUAUCCUGAGUCCAACAUUGCUUUUACCAUGUUCCUAAUGGGAUUCAACAUUCAAGAGCUCAUAGAUGCUUUGAGGGAAAGGAAAUAUAAUGAAGCCAUGGCUACAUAUCUUAUUUUAAAAAAGAAAUCACCCUGGCAGCCCCAAUUUUAUCAUGAUGGAGGGCAGAGUGGUACACUGGACCCUAGAGAAGCUGCCAACCUUUCUUGGCCUAUAAGGAGAGUAACGAGUGCCCCUAGCCUUCCCGUGUUCACUUCGCACACAUACUCUGAGGUGCCUGCAGGUGGAAUAAGAGUCUGUAAGAGGAGGCACAGUUCACUUCCUACCCUUUCUUCACUUAAGACCAAAUUCCUAGAAAACACUUCACCACUGCAGGUGCUUAUGCCUCAAAUCAGAAAGGGGACAUGUAGAGAGAAUGAGGGCAGCAUCGAUUCCACUGCUUCAUCUCCAAGAGAAGGAAAUGCAACAACACAAACAACAACGACGAUGACAACGACGACGACAGAAACAACAUCAACAACAAUGACAAUGAUAACAACCACUACAUCAGAAACCACUUCAUUACUGUUCGCAUCCUCACAAACCUCAACUUUUGAAAGCAGGCAACAUGCAGUCAGUGAGAGCUCUGAGUCUCCAGACAGAAGUAGCAGCACAUCCUCUUGGGGGUCCACAAACAGCAGCCCCUUCCCCAGUAAGAAGAUCCAGGAAGAAAAUACAGGCCCCGAAUCAUUGCAAGUGACCACAUUGUCUUCCAUAAACACAGACCAGAAGCAACUCAGAAUGCAGUGCCAGGGUGUGCCCAGAGUCCCUCUGAGAAGGUCGGGAUGGAAGGGCCUGAAGAAGAGGAUUGGCAAAGCCCUAAGAACCUUGUGUUGUUGCCUCCCAGUGACAAAUAACAAAAUCAUGGCAGCCAAUGAAGAGAGCCGCAGAGAUUCAGACUAAGACAAAGUUCCACCCUGGGCUGCAGUCCCAGAAUAGCCAUGGUCCAGUACAGUGCUUUUCAUAGCACUCAGAAGCCCCUGGAAGAAACAUCCAUGCAGUACUGGUAAUUAGCAAGAAAACGGAGAAGAAACACGAGACUCCAAAGAACCUUCAAGCACAGUGAGAGUGUCAGCCCUGCUGCCUGUCUUCUGGUGUACUUGUGAGCUGAGGAGACAGUGGUCCUGGAGGCACUCAGAGGACUAUGUUCCAUGUCUCCAAGAGAUCUGUGUGAACUGGUUACAGGCAGCAACAGGACUGAGAAGCAGUGAAAGCGCAUCUGGAGCAGAGAGGAGAAUUCAGAGGGUGCAGAGACCGCUCAGCCCCACAGCUCUCUACUGCAGUCCUCCAUAGCACAGUCACGACGAGAUGGAUCCUGAAGCCCUCACAAAUCUACCAGCUCUAGUCACUUAUUUUAUAUGGUGCACUCAAAUUUGAGUCAUUUGAUAGGUAUUCUUUACAUUCUAUACACACACGCGCACACACAUACACACACACACACACACACACACACACACACACACACACACACACACACAAAUGCGUUUUAUUUGAAAUGGAGAGAAUCCCCAUUCCAAACCAGGUAAUUUCAUAAUUUGAAUGAUUCUGCCUUCUGGAAACAUUUCUCCAAAUCAGCUUUCUCUUUUCUCCACUCCCUUCUGACACUUUAACUACCUAUUGUACUGCUUUCUAGGAGUCAUCGGAAGCCAGUAUGGGUCUUGUUCCCCACUUUGGGCAAGGGCACCUAGCCAUGUGCUAAGUGAGGCUUACCUAUGGUCUGUCUUUUGAGGCGAUCCAAGGUGAGGUCUGAAGUGCUUGAGUCCAGAGAAGGUGCUGGUAAGAAAUAUUGCGAGAUGGGGUGGGGCAGGGAUAUGUUGAUGGUAAAACAGAUGAGAUCCCCUGAUAUGACAGUGUGGAGUUUCCUCUGAUUGGCCCAUGGUGACUUGCCCCAUUUCCACCAAGUACAAAGACACAGGGACCGCCAAUUGUGUUAAGGAGGAACUGGAUUUCUCUAUCCUCUGGCCCCACUCUCUAUUGCAAACUAUUUGUUGUAUAUUGAUCAUUGUUACCACAGAACUUACUCUUGGCAUGCUCAGAUCCUUGCUACCUCUGCCACCCCUGCUGCUGCUUCUGCUUCUGCUUCUGCUUCUGGUGCUUCUGCUUCAUUGUUUUAUCCAUUGCAGGCUGGGAAGGGCCAGGAGCUUCUGGAGCCUCAUGCUCAGGAAACUGCAGAAAACACCAGUAAUGUCACUCAACACAGAAUAACCCUUGCAGCCAGCAGCACCUGCAGGGACUUGGGAAAGGCUAUACCUUUUUGAGCAAAGAAAACCUGGGUGGAAGAGAGGCACACAGUUGGCGCUUCUUGGCUCAGGCCAUCUGGGAAGGGACGGCCAUUUACAGAUUCACAACUGGCCUUUUCUAAUUCUUUGAAUAACUCCUUAUUUUCAGAUCUCUUUCAGGGAAGAGGCUCCUGUUGAUUGAUACAGAUGUAGGGCAAAGGCAGACCCACAAGUGCAUGGGUCAAGAAGUACAAGAAAAGAAAGAUAUGUUCUGAUUCCAGGAGCAUAUAGCACCUUAUCCUGACCAGGGUGGUGAGAGAACACUAUCUGAGGCAGCUUGAAGAACUUCCUCACUGGGAACAGUUCCUUUCUGUUCUGGCAAGAUCCAAGUGACCAGGGCCUUGUGUGUCUGGGUGAAGAUCAGCCACCCAGGAUAUGGACAGAGAGCUGGGCACCAUGCUGUACCUGCAACAGAAGUGUGACCCACACAACAACCUGUAAUAAAACUUUCUGCAAAGGAAUGAUGAUUUCUUUUAAAAUAAAUGUUAUCUGCUUAA